GGAAGGAAACUCAUCUUUCGCCUGUCGCAACUUCUGAGUAAGUUGCUGUCUAUCUAUCUUAUUCCUUUAUCCAUUUACCCGUCCUACCUACUUCCCUACGUCUUCUGCCAUCAUGUCUGGACGCGGAAAACAGGGAGGCAAAGCUCGUGCCAAGGCGAAGUCUCGCUCUUCCCGGGCUGGCCUGCAGUUCCCGGUGGGCCGAGUGCACCGCCUGCUCCGCAAAGGCAACUACUCGGAACGGGUGGGCGCCGGCGCGCCGGUGUACUUGGCCGCGGUCCUAGAAUACCUGACGGCUGAGAUCCUGGAGCUGGCGGGCAACGCGGCCCGAGACAACAAGAAGACGCGUAUCAUCCCUCGCCACUUGCAGCUGGCCAUCCGCAACGACGAGGAGCUCAACAAGCUGCUGGGCAAGGUGACCAUCGCUCAGGGCGGCGUCCUGCCCAACAUCCAGGCCGUGCUGCUGCCCAAGAAGACCGAGAGUCACCACAAAGCCAAAGGCAAGUAAGCCAGCCCUGCUGACGGAACAGUCCCUGGAAAUGGGGGACUCGUCUACCACGCAGAAAUCAAAGGCUCUUUUCAGA